AUGUUGCGAGAACACUCAGGCAGCCUGUGGAGAGGUCCAGGGAGAGGUCCCUACGGUGAAGAACUGAGGGCCCCUGUGAGCGAGCUUGAUGACGGCGCCCUGCUUACUGUGCCCCACAGGUCCCGGCCGACCCGGGAAGCGCUUUCAUGGUGCUGCUUUGUAAUCCUUUUGGUGGUCCCAGGGCUACUGCUACCCAUGCCUUCUGAUGCCUGUGACCCUCCGCAUUAUAUCACUAUGAGGCCAACCAUUUUUAAAGAUAAUUAUAGUCCUGGGGAAACAAUCGACUUUCAGUGUCGCCCAGGAUACAAGUGUAUUGUACCUUAUCUUCCCAUGUCUUCUGUUUGUAACCCUGAUAACACAUGGACACCUCUCCAGGAAGCUUGUACAAAAAAAUCAUGUCCACAUCCAGGAGAUCCCAUAAAUGACCAUGUAAUCAGCGUAAAUGGAAGUUUCCUCUUUGGAUCACAAGUUCACUAUGCUUGUAAUGAGGGUUAUCGAUUACUUGGACUAAAAGUUCUUUAUUGUGAACUUUCUAAUAUGGACAAUAAUGCAGUGACGUGGAGUGAUAAUCCCCCCCCCCCAUGUAAUAAGAUAUUGUGUCCACCACCUGGAGAAAUAGCAAAUGGGAAAUAUAGCAUUAGCAAGGAGGAAUAUGAAUAUAAUGAAGUGGUAACUUACAAAUGUGAUCAGUCAACUGGACCAGAUCCAUAUUCACUUAUUGGAGAGAACAGACUUGUUUGUACUGGGAAUGGCGACGGGAGUAGUAGCCCUCCUGUGUGUAAAGUGGUCAAAUGUCCACAUCCUGAGCCCCUCAGUGGAAAGCUGGUAUCAGGCUUUGGAACGAAAUACUACGACAAGGCAACAGUUCUGUUUUCGUGCUUCCCAGGUUACACCGAUAAUGGAACCAACAUAGUCGUCUGUGGCAGUGAGGGUACUUGGGAGCCAGCAGCCCCAAUGUGUUAUAAAGGAGCUCCCCCUAAUACACCACCCACAGACAGGAAUACUCUAGGCGAAGGACUCAUUGCUCUGAUUGUGAUUGCUGUCCUUGCUGCCGUUGCAUUAAUUUGCUUCGCCUUGUUCAUAUGUUAUCGACACACGAAGAAAGGGAAAACUGAAGUUAGUGCCACAUACACUUACCAGGAUAAAUCAGCUUCUCUGGCAGAGUAAACACAGUAG